AUGACUGCAAUAGUAGUAGGCUCUACCUCUUCGGAGAUUAGAAGCGAGAAGAACAACCAUUCAUUGAUACUGAUAGUAUUGGCAAUGUUAAUGUUUGUCUCAGCACUGUAUAUAUCACCAUCACCUAUUAUAAUACGUAGUUCAAGAUCAUUAGAUCCAUGUAGGAUAUCAAGUCAACAAGCAAUUUAUAAUCAUUCAUUCGCUCAUAAUCAAACUGCCACCGACAUGUCAAUUCAACAAUGUAAAUAUCAAUUAAUAUCAAUGGAUCCAUCACGCCAGCUAUGGGAAGCUGAGGACAUAUGCUUCAGGAGAUAUUAUCCAGACACGUAUAAUCAGAUUGCAGACCACUUCCAGAGCACGAGAAGAGAGCGAGAGAUGUACAUUCAAGACUUUGUCGACACGGCCCGACUGAUAGCCAAUGGGAGUGGUAUAGCCGUGCGUCAAGUCUCAGGUAGACCAAAGCACAUCUAUAGUAUAUGGCGCAAGAUGUUGGGCAAACAACUGACGUUUGAAGAGGUUCACGACAUGUUUGGUAUUAGAGCAAUCGUGGAGAAGGAGGAAGACUGCUACAGGCUCAGAUCGACUCUGACGCAGCAUUUCCCCGAGGUCAAAGGAACGUAUGAUGAUUACAUCAAGUGUCCAAAGUCCAACGGAUAUCAAUCUCUCCAAUUCGAUGUAGUUGGUCCACUCAAUCAGAAGAUCGAAGUGCAAGUGCGCACAGUGGACAUGCACAACCAUGCCGAGAAUAAUCAUUGU